GCGCCGAGCUGAUAAAGGCGCCAUUUUGGAGGGGCCGCGGGAGACGUGGUGUCGCUGCGGGCUCGCUCUGCCGUGCGCUAGGCUUGGUGGGAAGGCCUGUUCUCGAGUCCGCGCUUUUCGUCGCCGCCAUGUCGGGAGGUGGUGUGAUUCGUGGCCCGGCAGGGAACAACGAUUGCCGCAUCUACGUGGGUAACUUACCUCCAGACAUCCGAACCAAGGACAUUGAGGACGUGUUCUACAAAUACGGUGCUAUCCGUGACAUCGAUCUCAAGAAUCGCCGCGGAGGACCGCCCUUCGCCUUCGUUGAGUUCGAGGACCCUCGAGACGCGGAAGACGCGGUAUAUGGUCGCGACGGCUAUGAUUACGAUGGAUACCGUCUGCGGGUGGAGUUUCCUCGAAGCGGCCGUGGCACCGGCCGAGGCGGCGGCGGGGGUGGAGGUGGCGGGGCUCCCCGAGGCCGCUAUGGCCCCCCAUCCAGGCGUUCUGAAAACAGAGUGGUUGUCUCUGGACUGCCUCCAAGUGGAAGCUGGCAGGAUCUGAAGGAUCACAUGCGUGAAGCAGGUGAUGUAUGUUAUGCUGAUGUUUACCGAGAUGGCACUGGUGUCGUGGAGUUUGUACGGAAAGAAGAUAUGACCUAUGCAGUUCGAAAACUGGAUAACACUAAGUUUAGAUCCCAUGAGGGAGAAACUGCCUACAUCCGGGUUAAAGUUGAUGGGCCCAGAAGUCCAAGUUAUGGAAGAUCACGAUCUCGAAGCCGUAGUCGUAGCAGAAGCCGUAGCAGAAGCAACAGCAGGAGUCGCAGUUAUUCCCCAAGGAGAAGCAGAGGAUCACCACGCUAUUCUCCCCGUCAUAGCAGAUCUCGCUCUCGUACAUAAGAUGAUUGGUGACACUUUUUGUAGAACCCAUGUUGUAUACAGUUUUCCUUUACUCAGUACAAUCUUUUCAUUUUUUAAUUCAAACUGUUUUGUUCAGAAUGGGCUAAAGUGUUGAAUUGCAUUCUUGUGUAAUAUCCCCUUGCUCCUAACAUCUACAUUCCCCUCAUGUCUGAUAAAAUGUAUUUUAAGUGAUGUCAUAGACAGGAUUGUUUAAAUUUAGUUAACUCUCCAUGCUCUUCAGACUGUGAUAUUGUGUAAAUGUCUAUUCUGCUCUGGUUUGUGUGAACUGGGGAUGUUGGGGGGUGUUUGUGGUUAUCUUACCUGGGGAAGUUCUUAUGUUUAUCUUGCUUUUCAUGUGUCUUUCUGUAGACAUAUCUGAAGAGAUGGAUUAAGAAUGCUUUGGAUUAAGGAUUGUGGAGCACAUUUCAAUCAUUUUAGGAUUGUCAAAAGGAGGAUUGAGGAGGAUCAGAUCAAUAAUGGAGGCAAUGGUAUGACUCCAAGUGCUAUUGUCACAGAUGAAAUUGGCAGUAUUGACCUUAUACUAAAAGGCAAGGGUUUAAAGUGAUUAUAUACAUCUACCUUAAAACACUUGCAAACAUCUUAUGCAGUUAUCUUUAGCUACAAUUGCUUUGCUCUUUAAACCUUGGCAAUUGUGGCAAAUGUUACAUUGCCCAUUUUGUAACAAUUUAUUUUGCUCCCUUCCCCCCUUUUUUGUUUUAAUAGGGACUAAUGUGGGAAGAACUGGCUAAUUUGUCACAGUGCUUAGUUACAACUGUUAAUGUGUGACCUGCUGUUGGUGUACAUGUGGGUACAGGGUGUCUUUAAUUCCAACCAGAUAGAGUAUAAUAUCAAUACUGCUAAAUCUGCAUGUCCUCUGUGUGACUGAUAUAGCGUUGCUAUUUCAUUUUUUUAAGACAAAAUGAAAGCAAAAUAGAGAGUUCCAAUGUAUUGGUGUAGAUAAUCUAGUUGGGAAUACUUUUUAAGUCUCACUUUCCCCUUUUAACUAAUAUUCAUAAUUGACUCGUUUAAAACACUUUAAUUUACAAAUUAAAUUGCAGAUGGGAGCAUUAGGUUUAGUUUAGACUUAGGGUGGGUAGCAAUACCAGUAAACUUCAACUACAUAACUUUUUGCAACCACAAAACCUGUAAUACGCUGUACAGUAACAAGUGUUGGCAUUAUCAGUUGAACUGUAAAUAUAAAAUGCUUCUUCCAAUUAGUCUCUAUGAUGAUUAAGUUUCUAAAAUUUAUCUGAACACCAUUCAGAAACUUGUUUUGGGGAAUUUGAUAGUUAUUGAUGUACAUCUGUUAAACUGAUGACAGACAUAACUCAUCAUUCCCCAGAAACCUUUUUUGAUUACAGUAUCUAACAUUUUGCCUCCUCUUUUUUGGUUUUGCUGGUUAUAAAGGUUUGGAUUGGAGAGGGCUCACUGGAUCCCAAUCCUUGGAGCUGGAUCAUUGGAUUCAAAUCAUAAUGUGGAUAGGAUAGGGAGGAUGAAUUACAAGGAUUCAUGGAGCGGGAUCAGAUUACCAGGAACAUAGGAGUGGAUUCCUGCCCCAACCAAACCGCAUUCGUGUGGAUUUUUUUUUUUUUUUAUUCAACUUAAUUGGCUAUUCCAAAGAUUUUUUUUUUCCUAUUUUUGACGAUUGGAGCCCUUAAGAUGCACGAUGGAAUUGUGUUUUGCAUUUUUUGGUAAAAGGAGCAAAGCGAGGACCUGGAGAUAAUACGCUGGAGCAAUCUCCUUGGAAGGAUUCAGCACGAGUAGAUGGUAAACAUUUAAAGGGGAAAGGGGGGGUUUGUUUAAAAUAGUAAAUCAGUAAGUCACUUCUAAAUUUAAAGAACAAAAUUGGAGUUGAAGAAUAAGUAGGUUUCCAAUUGGCUAUUGCCGUUUUUCUUUGAAAAAAAAAUAAACAUUUUUUAAAAAACUA